AAGAGAACAAAAAAGCAGAAGUUGGAAGAAAAUAUUUCCUGAGUUCCAGUGCUACAUUCUUUUGUAUGAUCCAUUUGAAGGAGUAUAGAGCAAAAGGUAAAGAUUCAGAUUAUUUGCAUACCUGCAUUUGAAUUUUCAGUCUAGCAGUAUCUACUACACAAUUGUCUGUACGAAUAAUUUUUGCUCUUAGCAUAGAUGGAAUACAAAAAGACAAGUAAGAGUAAAGGUGGUCUCACUAUGUUUGCCAUGGACAUUGUUCUUAUAUUUAUUUUCCCACUUGAUUAAAUCCGUACUUAGCUGAAGCAAAAUGUAUUAUUGUGAUUUUUAGUGUUUCAUUAGAGGGGAAAAAAGUAGCAAGUCUUUGUAACAUGAACCCACCAAACUCAUUUUAGUUUGAAAGUUAAGCUCCAAGACUGUUAGAAAAUACGAGUUCCUUAGUUGCCUAUUGUGGUUUAACCCCAGCCAGCAGCCAAGCCCCACACAGCCACUCGCUCACUCCCCCACCUGUGGGAUAGGGAGGAGAAUCAGAAGGGCAAAAGCUGGAAAACUCAUGAGUUGAGAUAAAGACAGUUUAAUAGGGAAAGCAAAAGCUGCACACACAAGCAAAGCAAGGAAUUAAUUUACCACUUCCAGUGGGGAGACAGGUGUUCAACCAUCUCCAGAAAAGCAGGGCCACAUCAUGUGUUCAGCACAAAUCCAAAACACAGCCCCAUACCAGUCGCUGUGAAGAAAACUAACUCUACCCCAACCAAAACCAGCACAUCUAUGCAUAUAAAUUUUGUUUUGUUACAAGCUGUUCCUACAGAAUCAUUGCCUUAUUUCUAGGUUUGAGGUCAAAAGGCUAAAAAUUGAUGCUGAAGGGCAGUAAUUCAUCUGGCAGUUACUAAGUUCGAAAUGUCUGUCCUUGCAAAGUAGUUGUCUUGUAAUAUAUACUACACAUACUUUCAAAUUGUAUUGCUUUCAGUGGCAUGCAAGCAGUAAAAUCUUAUAUGGGGCAAACAAAAUACUUGCCCAGAAAGGCUUGAAAUGAAAAUUUUUAUUAAUACUUAUAAAGUUUUCAUAGCUCUUGUCCUGUUGCAUCAUCAGCCUACAUUCAGAAUGGCAGACAAAAUUUCUUGAAUGUUAAUGUUUUCUGAUCAAUUUCUGCUCGCAGCAGAAUAGGAAUCCAAUGCUUCAUGUCCUUUUCUGUGAAAGUAAUGUAUUUCUCAGAUCCUGUUCUUUGUGCCUAGUAUAAGAUUGAUUGGCUCUGACAUUGUUCUAACUCUUCAGAUUAAUGGUAGAGGAGCAUAAUGUAAUGCUGCUUCAUGUCACUGUCAGAAAAAUUACUGCAAGCCUUAAGGGUUAGGAUUUGUUUGUUAUUAAUUUUAAGGAUUCAUGGAGGAGGGAGAUGUAAAUUUCAAAGCAGACAACUUAGGGGAAAAAAAAAGAGUGUGGACACUUGCAAAAUUAUAGAUGGGUAGUCUGAAUUUCAGGAACUGGGAAGGCCCUAGAAGAACAGCAAAACACUGUAGCACCAUAGGCCAUAACAGGUCGAUGACAGUGUGACAGUCUGUAGGAGCCAGUACAGAUUUGUUGGAAAAAAAGUGUGUCAGACCAGUUGAAUCUUCUAUAACAUCUGCUUCUUCCUCUCUACCUGGAAGACCUGUUAUCCUGCCAUAGAUCUCCACCUAGCAAAGCUUUUAAUAGUGCCUCUCAGAGGAAGCUGUCACGGGGAAGCCAGGGUGAUAUAAAUCAAACUGCUAGUGAGAGGGUGUAAUUUUGUACUUGGCAAGUGGCUCAGAUGAUCUAGUUUCAAAGCAAAAGGAUGGAUGUGAUGCACCCGUGAUGCUUUGUCCUGAGCCCUUACUUACUUUCAUUGUGAUAUAAGACUUUCACAGGAAUCGAUCAGGCAACACCCACCUGUAAAUAUAUAGAAAAUUAGGUGUAGAAUUCAGUGAUGUUGAUGAGUUGUGCUGGAGACCAGCCUGAGUUGAAGUGUGCACAAGGAACAGAGGGUCCAGAGAGGAGCUCAGGAGGCAUGGCCCAGCUGGGGCUGGGGUCUGCCCAGCUGUGGUUCUGCUGCAGACACGUGGCAACCUGAACUGGGGCACCACCGACCGAGGACACAGCAGGUGCCCUGCUGGGAACAGUGAACGCUGUGCUCCACCAUGUAAAUUAGAAAUAUGAUUAAUUUUUUUAAACUGGUAAAGUAAUGCUUCCACUCCACAGGGCAUUUUUUAGGCAUGCUUCUCCAAUUUUGUCGUGAUGUUUGAAGAAAUUGUGGGCUAACAGGAGAGCUAAUGGGGACAGAAGAAUGACUGGAGGGCUUGACCUGCGAGGGAGGGUUACGUCGAUGAUGUGACUGUUGAAGACUGAUGUGCGCGGCGAGGAGUUGGGCUGCCCUCAGACCCGGGGCUGUCAGCGGCAGCUGCAGAGGAGGCCCCUGGCGGUAGCUCGGAGGAGGAGGUGCGGGCGGGGCGGAGCGCGGUGUCGCUGCCCUGGCGGGCGGGGCCGCCAUUUGAAAUGCCGUCCCGUGGUGCCCCGCGGCCGCCGCUGAUUGGCCGGGCCGGGCGCCGCGCGGUUCGAAGUGGCGGUCGCGCGCGCGACACGUCCCGCUCCGGCAGCGCCUCGGCUCCCGCUCCCGGCAUGGCUUCCUUCGGCUCCCAGGGCGGCGGCGGCACCACCAAGAAGGAGGAGAAGGGCAAGAACAUCCAGGUGGUGGUGCGGUGCAGGCCUUUUAAUGCCUCAGAACUUAGAGCAAGCUCCCAUCCUGUUGUAGACUGUGAUCAAGCAAGAAAGGAAGUUAGUGUCCGCACUGGAGGAGUGACAGAUAAGACAUCAAAGAAGACCUACACAUUUGAUAUGGUUUUUGGACCUCAGGCUAAGCAGAUUGAUGUGUACCGGAGUGUUGUGUGUCCCAUUUUGGAUGAAGUUAUUAUGGGCUACAACUGUACGGUGUUUGCUUAUGGCCAAACUGGUACUGGUAAGACCUUCACAAUGGAAGGGGAGCGGUCACCCAAUGAGGAAUAUACUUGGGAAGAGGAUCCACUAGCAGGUAUAAUACCCCGUACAUUGCAUCAAAUAUUUGAAAAACUCACAGAGAAUGGUACUGAAUUUUCAGUGAAAGUCUCUCUUUUGGAGAUCUAUAAUGAGGAGCUUUUUGAUCUUCUGAAUCCUACUCCUGAUGCUGGAGAAAGACUGCAGAUGUUUGAUGACCCUCGAAACAGGCGGGGUGUAAUUAUUAAAGGCUUGGAAGAAGUAACUGUACACAACAAAAAUCAAGUCUACCAAAUCCUGGAAAGGGGUGCGGCAAAGAGAACAACUGCAGCUACUUACAUGAACCAAUAUUCCAGCCGCUCCCACUCGGUGUUUUCAAUUACCAUCCAUAUGAAAGAAACAACAAUAGAUGGAGAAGAACUUGUUAAAAUUGGAAAGCUAAACUUGGUUGAUCUCGCAGGAAGUGAAAACAUCGGUCGAUCAGGGGCAGUUGACAAAAGAGCUCGUGAAGCUGGAAAUAUCAACCAGUCUCUCCUGACACUAGGAAGAGUUAUUACUGCUCUGGUAGAAAGAACCCCACAUAUUCCAUACAGGGAAUCUAAACUCACAAGAAUCCUUCAAGACUCUCUUGGAGGACGGACGAAAACAUCAAUAAUUGCCACGGUUUCUCCUGCAUCUAUAAAUCUUGAGGAAACAUUGAGUACACUGGAAUAUGCCCACAGAGCAAAGAACAUAAUGAACAAGCCUGAAGUCAAUCAGAAGCUAACAAGAAAAGCUCUUAUUAAGGAAUACACUGAAGAGAUUGAGCGUCUGAAGAGAGACCUUGUUGCUGCACGAGAGAAAAGUGGAGUCUAUAUUUCUCUUGAAAAUUAUGAAGCCCUUAAUGGAAAGCUGACUGUUCAGGAAGAACAAAUUGCAGAAUAUAUUGACAAAAUUGGUGUUAUGGAGGAAGAAGUGAAAAAAAUCACUGAACUAUUCACAGUUAGUAAAAAUGAACUUCAACAGUGUAAAACAGAUCUGCAAAUCAAGGAGAAAGAGCUAGAAGAAACACAGAAAGAUCUGCAAGAAACCAAGGUUCAUCUGGCUGAAGAAGAAUAUGUGGUUUCAGUUUUGGAAAACAAUGAACAAAAACUUCAUGGCACAGCUAGCAAGUUACUUAGUACAGUUGAAGAAACUACAAAAGAUGUAUCUGGGCUUCAUGCGAAACUGGACCGUAAGAAAGCUGUUGAACAGCACAAUGCUGUUGUCCAAAAUACAUUUGCAGUACAAAUGAAUGCUUUGUUCAACAAAAUACAGGAUUCACUUAGUGAAAACAGUUUGAAGCAGCAACAGAUGUUGACAUCUUACACAAAAUUUAUAGGUGACCUCUUGUCUACCAGUUCUUCAACAGCUGAUAUUCUUGCAUCAGUUAUGUCAGCAGCUUGUGCCUCUGUUAAAGAAUUGGUGUCUACGGAAAUUUCUCACAUGUCUGAAAAAAUAACACAACAUGAGAAUCUAUCACUGGAUUGUAAAGCUGAGCUGCUGAGAUUAAUUGAGGAACAUGAAACUGGUUUAGGAAGAGCGUUAAAUAGCUUGACACCGGUGGUAGAAUUUGUCUUGGGCUUAAACUGUCAGUUUCAGAGUAACAUGAAGAAAUACUCUGCUGUGGCUGACCAGAUGGAGAUCCAUAAACGGGAAAUGGAUACCUUCUUUGGAGAUCUUUCUCUCACUCUGAAAAAAAUGCGUGAAGAAGUGGACAGUGGUUUUGCUGAGCUUCAGCAUAAUUGUGAUGAUUUAAAAGAAGAAGUGGAAAUUACGAGAUUGGCACAUGCAAAGAGAACAGCUGAAUUCAUGUCCUCACUGCAAAGCCAGCUUGACGUGUUUGCUCAGGAGACUCAGAAGAAGUUAACUAAUGUACUCACGAAAAAUGGAAGCUUGAAGACCACCAUCACUGCUAUGCAAGAAAAUGUUCACUUGAAAACUACAGACCUAGUUAGCAGUGCAAAGUCCAAUCACAGCAAAUGUACUACAUCUCUGGAUAAUUUCUCUCAAGAGCUCAGGGGCAUAAAUGCUGAAAGUAAGAUGAUGCUGGAAGAAUCCAGUGACCACUGUCAACAUCUCCUCAGCAAUCUCAAGGAUGUGUCUCAGGACACCAAAACCUGGUGUGAAUUUACAACUGCUCAGGUGGUCAACUUUACUGAUCAGCACCUAUCAUCCUUCAAUGAUGAGAAACAGCAGUUUCACUGUUUACAAAAGAAAAGUGAAGAACACUGUGAUAAAACAGCAGCUGAAAUUGCUGACUGUAGUAGUAGACAAGUGGCUGCUGAGGGGAAGGUACUCAGUGGCUUUCUUGAUCAGAUAAAGGUGGAUAAAGAGAUACUUCUGGAGCAGAAGCUGGCACUUAGCAACGAAGUACAGCAUGGACUAACUCAGGUUAAUGGCUUCCUGCAAGAGGAUCUGAAAGUGGAUAUUCCAACAGGGACAACUCCACAGAGAAGAGACUACUUCUAUCCAGUCACACUCAUGAGAACAGAGCCACGGGAACUUCUACUGGAGCAACUAAGGCAAAAGCAAUCUAAGCUUGAUGCUAUGCUAAGCAGCAUGACAGAGGAGAUGGAGGAUAGUGCAGGUCAGGACCUGUUGGAAGAGGAGGGAGGGUUGCAAGAAUCCAGUGAAAGCCUUGCUAGCAACAAAUGCUUAGUGGAUACAAACGUAUACUGCCACACAAAUGGUGGCGUUCCUUUUUUCCAGAGAAGUCGUCGCAAAAAGGGUAAAGAGAACAAAUCUGCAGCUACAGUGGAGAACAAAAUGGAGGACGUGACAGAAGAGUUUCUUCAUGAAUCCAAGCAUCCCUUAAGAUUGCUAAACUAAGAUAUAUCUAUUGCAAAUUCCUGGUUUUAAAAAUUUCUAUCUCAUUGUCUUACUGAGCCAUAAUGUUUUUGGUUAUUCUUGGUCUCUAUUGUGAUGCAAAGUUGAAUCAAAAGAUUGGCCUGCUAGAUGUCAUGCCUUUGUCCCAUUUUUAUAUGCUAUGCUCAUAGCUUGCAAUGUAUUAAGGAAAAAACCCCUGCACAUUGUGGUGCUGUUAUGUUAAAUAUAUUUCUGUGUGUUUAAGUAAGAUAUCAUUUUCUGUUUCUCAGUAGAUUUAAAACACCAGAAAGGGAUGUUGAAAUAUGCUUUGUCAGCAUUAUCAGCUACCAUUUUAUAUAUGAAUCAACUGUAAAAAAGUGUUCUGGUUUUGUACCUGCUUUUUACUCCAGUCGCUCUCUUUGAUACUUCAAAUAAAUUUUGAUGUAUGGAAAACAAACAUAUAAACACCUCAGUGAAACAAA